UUAGUACGCAGGCCGUUUCGUUGCAGGGUUAAAUCAGUGUUAUCAGCAUGAAGUCUUAUUCGCUUGACAAUGCUCCUAGUAAUGCCUGUUAUAAUGAUGCUAUUUGUUACCCAUUUAAAAUUUUGCCGCCAAAACGAUUUGUAAGCCGAUAUUUUCCGGUCGCCGACCAGAAACGCCUCAAGUUGCCGGUACCUAUGGGAGAUAAAUUGCAGAGAGCUAAUUUGACACACACCAUGGUUAGUCGAAGAAAGAUUUUGUCAAGGUCUCGAGACGGAUUGAACACAGACUUUAGCCAUGAAGAGGAAGAUGAUGUUUGGUUUCAAAAGGAAAGACUUUUUAGAGAUCAUAUUCAAGAAGUGCUCAAUAAAUGGCGUCAGAUCGACGAUGAGAUUUGGGCGAAAAUUAUAGUAUUGGAACGAAAUCGCAGAGUUGCUAAAGCAUAUGCCCGUGCUCCUGUGCUUACAAUUAAUGGUUCUGAUAACGGCUUUGAUGGAUAUAGAAUCGGGCUGUGUGGUUUCGACAAUCCAAUGAGAGAUGCAAAAACAGAAGAGCUUAAGAAGCAUAUCGGACACGGUGUAAAAAUCAAGAUGGAUGAAGCUGGUAACAUCAUGGUGAAGAGAGUUAGUAAAUCUAACGUCUACAUAAAAGAUGUCAAAGUGGAUGAAAGCAGCGUAUCAAAUGAUGUCAUUUUAACGAGUCAGUUACUUGAUAUAGAAAAGCCGGUAAAGCUCUUCGAUAUGAAGAAAUUUGCAGCAAAUGUGAACCGAGAACUAAGGAAGGCUUAUCCGGACAGACGGAAACUGGAAAGCCAAUGCGUAUCAAUGAUAUGUUUUGUUAAAGACUAUCCUGAAAUCUUAGACUGCUCUUGUUGGGUAAUGGUUAUAAAUAUAGUUGCCCUUGAUAUGCUCCGUUCUAAAUUUCCACCCGUGUCUAAGCGUUCAAGUGGUGAAAAACUUGAUCAUCGUCAGAUGUCCCUUCCACUAGAUGAGGAUCCAUAUAGCGUACCUCUGAAUGCUCCUGAUGGGGUGUCUCAUAAAAUGGACACAAUGAAAGAGCCUAAACCUCCUAAACUGCCUCCUCGUGAUUUAAAUAGAGUAUCUGUUCCUACGCCUGAUUAUGACGACUGGAAGCGAGAAAAACCAGCACAACGAAUGCAUAAUUCUGGCUAUAAAGAUGACCCUUACUAUUGUGGUAUGAAGGCAAGAGUACCAAACUUUGGGAGAAACACUCAACACCAAAUGAAACAAGAUAUCCCUCCUGUAAGAAAAAGUCAUAGCUCUGGAUAUCUGAGUUUACUUAGACAAAACGAUAAAGCUUCCCUUGAUCCUAGGCCAGACUCUGACAGCUUCAUGGAUGAAGACUAUUCUAGAGUAUAUGGCAGAAUAAAGACAGCUAGUCCUGCAUCUCCUGGAGUUCUUUACGUUGGCGAAUGGGAAUAAAUUUGGAGUUAAGAACUUAUCUUACGAUAGCCUGAAACAAAGCUGUUUGGAAGUUUCCAAAAAAGGAAAGGCUCUUAAUGUGCAAUUUUCGAAGAAGGGAUUAUGCAUCAGAAUGGACGCCGGUGUUAUGAGUUAAUCGACGGAGUUUUCAUCAAACUGAGCUUAAACUGUCAUCCAUGACUGAUCCUUUUGCACACUGAGUGGCAGCGGAAACUAUUAUUUUGAAACUUUAUGAAUUGUAACUUGACAUCGAGUCUCUUUAAUGAGCUUGCAAACUGUGCCAAUAGUUGGUUAAUAACUGAAUUUUUAAUGAGUGGAUUUAAUUCUGAUUGUGUACAUAAACGCGUUUGUUAUUGUCAUGCAAAACAUUGGACUGUUAUAAACGUUUUUAACGUUUUACGCUUAUUUUACUGUUAACAUGUUUAAUAUUAAUAAACUUGUUUUAAUUUGA